UUAAAAAACUGUACUAUGGUGGUUGUCAGUGCAGGAAAAGUCGUGUUAUUUGCUAAGAUGAAUUUUAUUUGUUACGUAAUCAUAACAAAUAAUAUUUACAAUUAAGAUAAAUUCUAUUUUGAAUACCUAAUAAAGCAAGUGCCUAUUUGGAAAAACAAUUGAUGACAAACCCAUGACAUUGUCAUAUAUCUGAAUUUAAUCUCCAAUACUCAAGUAAGCACAUUUUUUAUAAGAUAAUUCAAGGAAAUUGAUACACCUAACUAGGAUUUACAAAAUGUCUAAGGAUGAACAGUUCCUAUUUGUCGCAUGGUAGAUGUUUAAAUCCUAAUUCACCUGCACGACUAUAAUGGCUGCUUACAUAAACCGCACAAUCUCAUUGAUGUCUGGGGAUGGACCCCAUAAUAGACCUAUAGCUCCUCUAGCGGAUACUAGAACUACCAGGCAGAUGACUGAUAAUUCACCAUUACAGAUUUUCGUUAAAGCCAAAAAGAAAAUCAACGAUAUCUUUGUUGAAAUCGAUGACUAUGUGAAGGAUACUGUUGAAUACAUGCACGAAAUUGAAAAACAGCAAGAAAUAAUCAAUCCCGAAAAAGUAAAACAAACUGAAGAUUUUGUGAGUAAAGUGCAUGGUAUCAGAGAUGUACUCAGCAGGGAUCAUAUGAAAGUUGCUUUCUUUGGAAGGACAUCAAAUGGAAAGAGCUCCGUUAUAAAUGCGAUGUUGAGGGAUAAGGUGCUUCCAAGUGGAAUUGGACAUACUACCAAUUGCUUCUUGCAGGUCGAGGGCUCCCCAACUGACGAACCAUACCUUAUUCUCGAAGGAUCAGAAGAUCAUUGUGCGGUUGAUUCUGUAGGUCAACUAGCGCAUGCUUUGUGCAAGGAAAAGCUAAAUGAAAACCAGCUGGUUAGAGUUUUCUGGCCUAGAAAUCGAUGCCUCCUAUUGAGAGAUGACGUGGUGUUUGUCGACUCACCGGGUGUUGAUGUAACCCCCAAUCUCGACGAAUGGAUCGAUAAAUAUUGUUUAGAUGCCGACGUCUUCGUUUUAGUUGCUAAUGCUGAGUCUACGCUGAUGGUGACCGAAAAAAAUUUCUUCCAUAAAGUGUCUACUCGUCUCUCGAAACCCAACAUUUUCAUUCUGAACAAUAGGUGGGAUGCUUCCGCAAAUGAGCCUGAAUAUCUGGAUCAGGUAAGAAGGCAGCAUCUAGACAGGGCUGUAGACUUUCUGGUCAAGGAGUUGAAGGUCUGCUCCCAGAAAGAAGCGGAUGAACGCAUCUUUUUCAUAUCAGCUAAGGAGGCCCUUCAGGCUAGAUUGGCAGAGAGAGGUCAAUCGGCUACCACACCGUUCACCGAAGGAUUUCAGACCAGAUACUUCGAGUUUCAAGAUUUCGAACGAAAAUUCGAAGAGUGCAUUUCCAAAAGUGCUGUUAAAACGAAGUUCGAACAACAUUCUCAAAGGGGCAAACUUAUAGCCACCCAAUUGCGCGAAAUCCUCGACAGCAUAUACACAGAUGCCCAGAUAUCGAAAGAAGACAGAUUGAAACUAAGGAAAGAAGUGCACGAUAAAAUCAAUCACACAGAAACACAGCUCAUGAUGAUAACCCAAGAGAUGAAACAGAAAAUACAUCACAUGGUCGAAGAUGUCGAACAACGCGUCUCGAAAGCUCUAAACGAUGAAAUAAGACGUUUGAGCACUUUGGUCGACGAAUUCAACGUACCUUUCCACUCCGACUCUGUGGUACUUAACGUAUACAAAAAGCAGCUGCAUUCUCACGUCGAAGCUGGUUUGGGAUCGAAUUUAAGGGCCAGACUGUCCACCGCCCUGGCCAUGAACAUGGAGGCCAGUCAGAGAGAAAUGACUGAGAGGAUGGAAAGCAUUAUACCGGACAAAAAUAAGGCCAGUGCAGCACUGAUACUACCUCGUAGACAACCGUUUGAAAUCCUUUACAGACUGAACUGCGAUAAUCUCUGCGCUGAUUUCCACGAAGAUUUGGAAUUCAGGUUUUCGUGGGGUUUGACGUCUAUCAUACAGAGAUUCUCAAAUGGCGGAUCAGGACUCCUAACACUCAAAAACAAGAAAGAGAAUCCCCACAAUUCGAUUGUGCCAAGUACUCCUACCGAUAUGGUGGACACGACCAGACUGUUCUAUCCAACUUCUGUAGCAGAUGAUUGGUCUCUUAUUUCAAGAAUAGCAAUGCUCGGGGUGAGUUCACAGGGUACCAUGGGUGGCUUACUUCUGGCUGGGUUCCUCUUUAAAACGGUCGGAUGGAGAAUAGUUGUAGUUACCGGAGGUAUAUACGGUUGUCUUUAUUUGUACGAGAGAUUGACCUGGACCAACAAGGCGAAAGAGAAGGCUUUCAAGAAACAGUAUGUGGGACAUGCUACCAGGAAAUUGAAGAUGAUCGUCGAUUUGACUUCUGCCAAUUGCAGUCAUCAGGUCCAACAAGAAUUGAGUGGCACCUUUGCCAGAUUGUGCCACUUGGUAGAUGAGGCCACUGGUGACAUGGAUGUGCAGUUGAAAAAGCUGGAACACGAGGCUGCUACUCUUGAAAAUGCUGCCGGUAGAGCAAAGGUUCUUAGAAAUAAGGCCAAUUAUUUGGCGCACGAACUAGAACUUUUCGAAGAUGCAUAUUUGAAAAGUCAUCACUGAUGAAAGAGAUUGAAUAGUAGUUUUUAUAUUGUUAUUAUAUUAAGAUUGAAAUGUCUGCAAUAUUUAUUAAUUAUAGUAUAUUCAAAUCGACAAUUUUAAUUCUAUUUUGUCUAGGAAUCAUGGUUUUCUCAAUUUGUUUCUCAGUUUUUGAAGAUAAAUUCUGAGAUAAAAUCUGGGACAUUCUGUCAGAUAUAUCAAAAAAAUAUAUAACAAUCACUAUUCAUCAGAUAUGAUCUGAAUAAAUAUCUAAAUCUCCAAAUUACCUUUUUUUCGAGUUUUAGUAUACAUUGUAGUUUUUAGGUUGCAUCAUACUAAUUUUUCUUCCAUUUAAAUUAUUUGAAUUUGAAAGGAAAUUCUUUUUACAUUAUGUUACCAUUUUCCUUAGCUGUUCCAUUUUGAAUUUUUUUUUAUUUGCAAUGUUGUAGGAUCAUACAUUUAUUUGAAAUAAUUCACAAGUACUGCAUGAUAUAAAUUUUAUAAUGAUCUAGGAACGUCUUCGAAUUUUUACGAUUUAUGAAAGUAUUCAACCAAUAUGGAAGAGUUUUAACUAGGAGUUGUAUGAAAUAUAAAAUGUUAUUGACAAAGAAUGAUAUACAAAAUAAUUUCUCUUGUGAUUUGUGUAUAAUUAGUUUGUUGAUGUAAAUAAAUGAAAUUCUUGUUUUAA